AUGGACGAAAUGGAGACUGCUUCGUCUGCUUCUUCCCGCGGGCCCGAGAUUCUCUCCAAUCCCGUCAUCAUCGAAUCCAUUCUUCCAGCUCUUGAGCAUAUGAAUGAUAUACUCUCUCUUUUACUUGUUUCCCGCCAAACCUAUCUGCUCGUCAACCCCCUACAUCCGUUUUCUGCUCGCAGACUGUCGUUCGCAGGCCUUACGCAUGUUGAGAAUAGGCAUAUCAUUGAGUUCCUAUAUCGUCCGCUUGGGGGUGUUCAAAUAAAUAGUAGACGUCGGCUUCUUGAAGAUGGCCGUACAGUAACCGUUUCUGGAGGGUUAGAGAAGGGGUAUGUUGGUGCCUGGAGGUUCCUUAAUAGUAUCGACCUGUCCGGAACCGGUGUAACCACCAGGGUUGUCAAACUCCUCAUCGCUUCUACGGCUGGUGGAAAGAUCCCUGGGCUUCUCCCCGAUAGAUCCUCUGAUCGAGCCCCGACGAGCGAGAUGGAACAUGACACUUACACCAGUAGAACAGGUCUCUUCUCCAAGGAGUUUGAGUCCAUAUCAGGUGGUGCAUACAGGCUGCUCGCUGAUCAGUCCUUGCGUCUUGAGAAAUUGUGUGUAACCAAUUGUCCGUUGGUUGAUAUCGUGGAAUUAAACUCGUUUCUUAAAAAGAUCCUAAAUGUUGUAACCGCUCCUAAAAGGAGGGAAUUGAGGUUGAAGGCUACUCAGCAGCUUGCAGCGGCUCAACAACAGCAAAAUGGUGGUAAUGCGGGUGCAGUGGCCAACAAUGCAGGGUUUGGCGCCGUCCAGCAGAACCCCCAAGUUCAUGCACAGGCGCAAGCGCAAGCACAACAACAGAAUGAAGAUCUAAGCACUGUCCCCUCUCCCCUCCCCGCAACUGUUGAGGAGCUCGAGGAGUUUGGGCUUCCGUGUCUAUCAUUGAGGCGGCUUGAGCUAGCUAAUGUGGCUGGUCUAUACGUGGAUCCUCCUGAGAAGUAUAAGGGGAAAAGAGAAUGGCAAUAUUCUAAAGAGUGUCCAUUUGGGAGAAACGUCGGAGGGCUGAAUUCUAUUGCGGGAUGUCUGGGAAUUGAUGUCGACGUGCUAUUCUGUCAGGGCGCCGGCUGUGCUACUAGCUUUGAUCAUUCAAGGUGGAGACUCUCGCAUACUGAGGGGGAGGAGACGCACUUUAUCUAUGAUGACGAUUUCGAUGUUUCAACUUUAGCCUCUAACUCGAACAGCCAGACGGAGAAUCUUUCACAAGCGUCCAGCAGCAGUGCUACUGCUGGUAUGGCGGGGGAUGGUUCUCAUCAUGGUAAUGGAUCUAGGAGCCCGCGCAAGACCUAUCACUACCCUCUACCAAGACUUCCGGGCGAGCGUAUACUUAUCCUGGAUGAUGGAAGAGUAUUUCGAAUUCCCAGACAUGCUAUCCCAGCCCCGCCGGCUGCCCAACAGCCUCAGCAGCAACAGAAUGUUCCGGUGCCGGCAGUUCCAGCCCAGCUUUUGGCCGCUCCGGGCCUAGGUCAGGGUCAAGGUAAUACACUCAACGUUGGCGCCGCUGCUGCGGGCGGUGGUGGAGCCGUAGUGGGAGGGAUAGCUGGAGGUGGAGCUGGUAUCGCUCCAAACAAUUCUCAGGGGUGGUCUGCUGGACAGUUUCUGCAAGAUCCUGCACAGUACGGUCUAGGUGUGGUGGUGAGUGCAGGCGCUUCAUUUGUUCUCGGCAGUCGCUUGUACAUGGCCACCUUCUAACGCGUUGCGGGCUUAAUCAGGGGAGUGCAAUGCCGAAUACUAGCGCGCUAACCCACAUAUCACAGAUCGCAGGAUUACAGGGUAUCCAAGGCCUAACUGCUGUCGCCAAUGUGGCAUCACAGAUGGUUGCUGGAGGUGGAAUAGGAGCAGCCGACGAUCCCGCAACACCUGGCCAACAACAAGGGCAGCCUCCCCUGACUCCGAGCCCCGCGACUGAUGGCGUGUUCUCCCCGAACAGUUCACCAGCUACCCCCGUUGUGGGCUCAUCUACGGCUACUACCGCCCAGCCCGCCAACCCCCCCGCAGACGCGGCGAGCGCGAAUCCGGGUGAUGGAAUGAACACCGCCCUUCUCGACCUGAUGGCAGCAGUUCAAGCCAGCACACCACCCUUCGGCCCAGCAGUAGCCGACCCCAACUCUCCGGGGGGGGGGAUCGCUCUAGCAACCGCUGGCGUUGGCGAAUUUCUACCUCAAAUCCCCUACAACCACCAAAACAUCUUUAUUCAAAACAACUUUGUCCAACAGGAGCAACCAAUGCCCCAAGCAAACAUGCCCAACCACUUUCAUCACCCUGCCGCUAUACCUCCUCCCCCUCAACAAACUCACAACCAGAAUCAGCCGGCUCCGGGCAUAGGAGUCUCGCUUGGACCUAGACGUCGCAAUAAUUCCCCAGGAGGUAGGGCCGGAAGCGGGGCUGCGGCUGGUAGGCCCGGACGCAGGAUUGCCAUGUUGGACGGGCCAAGGGGCUUGUGCGAAGGUUGUGGCCGGGAGGUCUGGCUUUGUGAGAAUUGUAAUAGGUAUUGGGUUGUUACGUGUGGUGGGUGUGCUAGUCGUGUC